AUCAAGCUUUACUGUUGCCCGGUGGAGGCAAAACCGCAGUGGGUUUGGUUGGGUUUUAGUUUACACACGUUUACUAGAAGUCGGUUACCAGUCUGAUCGAAAAGCAAGUAGUUAGUUAAUCACGAUUUAAAGGACGACUUGGGUGUAGCGAAGCUGGUUAUUUGUUUGUGGAGUCCGCUGUUCUGCUCACCUGCCGGCGCCGCCCGGAGAGAAGUCAUUCUCGACGCGUUACUUUUUCUACUCCAUUUUAGAGAGCAUAAUCCUAUCUUCAAUCCAGUUUACUUCAGAAAAUGUCAUCAGUGGAUCAUUACAGAUACUUCAUUUUUAACCAAAGAAGUGUGACUGUCCUGGGACUCCUACAGAUUGCUUGUGCAGGGUUAUGUGUCGUUUGUGGUUUUAUUGAUGCAGCCUUCAGAAAGGACACAAUGCUAAGUAACACAAGAGCACCAGUGUGGGCAGGAGCGAUCAUGGGAGUACCAGGUGUAUUGGCCCUAUUUUCAUCCCAAAAAAAGAAUCCUGUCUUGGUCAACAUUAUGAUUGGUGCCUCUGUAUUCUCAUGUUUUACAUCUUUGAUCGUAGUUGUUUAUUCUUCCCUCACGUUAAGCUAUGGUGAAGAUGAUGACCUCUUCCACCCUUUGCAGAUCCAGAACCAACAUGCAACUUUUGUUCUUGGGAGACUUGUACAAGGAGCCAAUGUCAUCAUGUUGAUUUCAUGCGCACUUGGUAUGAUGCUGGCCCUGCUCAUUGCUUUGGUUGGGUGCAGAAGCCUUCCUUAUUGUGCCUGCUAUGACAGUGUCACUGGAUUGGACUCUUUGGUAACGGAUGACGGUCAAAAUACAGAACUAGUUUGUACCUGGCGAGCUUCUGGUGACGAUAGAUUAUUCAAUGCUCCCAUUCAAUUCAGUGACAUUCAUUUUGAAGCAGAUGAAGAUGUGGCCUCCAAGCCCCCUCCAUAUAUCAGACUGGCUUGAAAGAGUCAACAUUUGUGUCCUUGCACUGAUUCCUUUACAGUAGAAUGAUCUGUUGUUUUUACAUUGGUUUAACUGAAAUGCACCAGUGGUUUACUCUGUUUUAACGUUAUUUUGAACCUGAUUUAUGUACAGAAUGAACUUUAUUAUUGUUCAAUUUCAUUAUUUUAUAGGGUUGAUUUUAAUGCACAUAGUCUUUUUUUUUUUUUUAAUUGAAUAUUGACAUAACAUUUUAAAUGUGUGGUUUCAGACUUGUGCAGUAUUUCUAUUUAACAUUCUUAAACUUGUGUUGAGCUUAUGUUAUUAAAUGGUGAUAAAUGCACACCAAUCCGUCAAAUUUUGGGAUAAUACGUGUGUGCAUGUAUAUUGGGAGUUAAAUGAAAACACCCGCACUACUUUAGGGAUGGUCCUUUUUUUGUGUGGGUU